AGUCCGCCGGUCAGCCCUUCGGUACCCAGUCCGUCGCACAGACCCCAGACGGAAACUUCUCCAACCUUGAUCCAAAUGCUGCCGCGAAACAGAUAGCCGCUCUCAACGCCGCUGGUCUUGCCAGGUUAACCAACGGUCGCCCGAAUAACGCGUCCUCCCUCCAGCAAUCAGCCAACGGCGCACCUCCCUCUUCAUUCCCAGGUGGCAUGCCCUCGGCAAACAACCAGUUUGGUCCACCUCUUCAGGACGGGUCUAACAGCAUGCCUGCAAAUAGCUUCGGUCCUCAGCAACACGGAGCCCAAAUGGCAAACCCAUCUCAAGUCAACGCUGACUCUUCUUCAUCCCACCAAGGCCUCACGCCCCAACAGCAAGCAAGCUUGCGACAACGGCAGAGGGCAUUCCUUGGCAGUCUAGCCAGCAUCCACCAGAGUAAAGGCACUCCUCUCCCCCCAGCGCUUACCGGCGUGCCAUACCCACCUAACCAUGACCCUUCAAAUUCGCCAUGGAAGUCUCUAGACUGUUCUUCCGGCGAGCCUGGCAUCCUACGAAUAUCAGGACGGGAUAUCGAUCUGCUUAAACUCUGGAGUAUUGUAACCUCAGCCGGUGGAGGGCCCAAGAUAGCCUCACAAAAUCUUUGGCCGCUUGUGUUACAGAAACUGGACAUGCAGUGGUGUUCAUCUAUGGCCCCCGAAAACCUGAAAGUUGUUGCCACAAACGUGGCAAACCAUUACAGUGUCAUCCUGCACCCUUUUGAAGAAGUUUGGCGGCGGAAUGUGCAGGCCCAGGAGCAGAACAGAAAGGCCCAAAUGGCCCGCCAGCAGAGCGAUCAACAAGGCUCGCUUCCUGCCAAUACAGGGUCUGCGAGCAACCAGCAGUCUUCCGCAUCUUCACAUGUCUCUAAUCAAAUGCAUGUUGAUAAUGGGGGAGCCUCCGACGCAGCAGGACAUGCUUCAACAUCAACCUCAAGUCCCCAGGUGAACAAUCUCCAGCUACCACGAAGUCCAAUCUCCCAAAAAGCGUCAUCUGUACCCGCGACUCAAUCUCCUGCACCCAAUGGAUUCUCAGAUGGAGAUGAUGCGCAGAGUAGGAAAAGAGCUCAUGAGGGGGAGGAAAUGGAUGGCAAACGGGCCAGACAGAAGACAGGAUUGCUAGAUCUUCCUGACACCUUACCUUCACUGACAACCUCACCUUUGCUGUCUUCUGGUGGACCUGUGCCUUCGCCCCAAAAGACCCCUUCAUCUUCACAAGCUCAAACGCAGUACCUGCGUACUAAAGUCGAGUACGUGCCAUAUGCCCGCGAGGUGGAAACGUAUGGCGGUCGCGACCUUAAUGCGAUGGACGAAGACUAUGCCCGAUCGACUAUGCGUCCAAUCAGAGAUAUCAACGAAUGGGGCACUGUUGACAUCGAAGCACUCACCAUGUCGAUCCGCUCGCGACUAACUGCGGAACUGUCGUAUGCUCUCACCACUCUUAUGCUUUUGUCAACCAUGAGAGGGCCUACACCUGGGUCCGGAUUUCCAAUAGCUCAAUGUCCGGACCUCAUGGAUGAUGUUUUGGACCUCAUGGAAGACGAGGCAUUCGGUGGCACUCCAGACCUCGCAACGUACAAUAUCGACGCCAGGAACUACAUACCCCGACACAAGGAGCUUGUUCAAACCGUGGUCGAAGAUGAAACGUGUCCUUUUGCUGGUCUCGAAUCUCGGGAAGGUUCGCAAAGAGGUCGAAAGCUCAGCUCCGCACAGCAUAGCCCAGCCAACCUGAUUCUCGCGGUGCUGAACGUCAUCCGCAACUUGUCUGUAAUCCCCGAUAAUCAACCUUAUCUCGCACAACAUGAACGUCUGCUCGACUUGGUGCUACGCAUGGGAGGCAUUGUGCAGGACGCCGACGGACAGUUGCGUGCUGUCUCGUCUGCUUUGUCUCUGCCGGACGUGAUUAGCGUCCGGAAAGAAGCGAUAUCAAUACUUGGCAACCUUGCAGGAAUGAUCCAGUAUCCUUCAACAGCACCGUCGCCAGCAGUGAUUCGUUCGUCCACCCGGGCGUUUGAGCUACUCGCUUCCGUCCUCGUUGAACCCUCCGAUGCAGUUCCUCCGAUGCAACUCCUCAAGGACAGCAACCUCACGUUACCCACGAGUCGACCACCACAGUUGGCGGAUCUUGCACUCGACAUCUUCACCCGCCUCGCACAACCCGAUCAAAAUCGAAAAGUGCUUGCGACUGUGAUACCCGAAACGUGGAUAUGGAAGUUGCUGGAAAGCCUCGUAAGACGGCUACCCAUGUCGGAUCACGACUUUGCUUUCUUGAGCCGAGAACCAUGGCUGUGCUACACGGAGCGGGCCGUCAUGUCCAUCUACGCGCUCGCGUUCUUGUCUUCUGCGGAGCUUAAGCGAAAGAUUCGGACGGAUCGCAAGCUGUGCUUCCCGCAGGUCAUGAUCAGAGUCGUGCAGAAGCUAUUGAUGACACCGCCGCAUCUGGAGACACGGCAAUGGUAUCUGGUCACAGCACGACGGGCGGUGGAGGCUCUGAAACUGAUCGAUGUCGGACAAGACUCGUUUGACGCGGUUCCAGCAGUGACACCUGCACUCGCGUUUGGAAUGGGAUUCGGGGAGAGCGGAGAUUCGGGUGUCGAGAGGGGCACGGGGCUCUUUGGCGGGCGGCGGGAUGUGUGGGAUCUGUUGAUGCAGCGGGAUCUGGACCCGAUCAUGUUCACCGAGCUGGAGAGCUUGACGCGGGUAGAGUUCUAGCUGCAGCUCAUUGCACAACUAAUGGACGGUCUCUAAGCUUAAAUUUAU